GGGGCCGAAUGUUUCCCAAGUGUUUGAAACUGGUAUUUGGGUUCUCCACGUUGGACAAGUGCGGCGCGGCGGGCGGCGCGCGCCCCUUCCCGCGCUCGCUCGGCCCCGGCCCCGGCCCUUGCGCCGGGGUGCGCGCCCGCACGCGCCGCCCGCGCCCGCCCCGCGCCCGAGGCCGCCGAGCGCCGGCCGGGCCCGCCAGGCGCCGGGUCCCCGGGCCCAGGCGGCGCGGCUCGCAGAUGUAGCGGCGCGGGGCCGGCCGGAGGGGGGGCGCCGGCGGGCGGGAGCUUUGCAUUUUGCAGCGCUGGGCUCCGAGGGGGCGGGGGCUGGAGGAAGCGGAAAGCCGCGCCGAGUCGCCGGGGACCUCGGUGAACCAUGUUGAGCCCUGCCAACGGGGAGCAGGUCCACCUGGUGAACUACGUGGAGGACUACCUGGACUCCAUCGAGUCUCUGCCUUUCGACCUGCAGAGAAGCGUCUCGCUGAUGCGGGAGAUCGACGCGAAAUACCAAGGGACAGUGGUGUGGAGCGUUUUCAGAAGAAGGUCCGCGGCCGCUGCAGCUGAGGGAGCCGAAGUUCCUGGUGCGCCGCAGGACACCCGCCUGGUUAGACAGGCCGGUGCUGUACCUGCGGGCGGCGGUGGCUCUGUUGACAGUGGACUUCGCUGGCGGAGUCUAAGGGAUACGUGCCGUUGUGCAGAAAUCCUGAAGGAACUGGAUGAGUACUAUGAGAAAUUCAAACGCGAGACAGACGGCGUCCAGAAAAGGAGAGUGUUGCAUUGCAUUCAGAGAGCCCUGAUUCGGAGCCAGGAGCUGGGCGACGAGAAGAUCCAGAUCGUGAGUCAGAUGGUGGAGCUGGUGGAGAACCGGACCAGGCAGGUGGACAGUCACGUGGAGCUCUUUGAGGCCCAUCAGGAGGUUAAUGACACCACUGGCCACAGCGGCAAAGCCGGCCAGGAUAAGUCCAAGAGUGAGACAAUCAUGCAGGCGGAGAAGACCAAUAAUAAGCGGUCUCGGCGCCAGCGCAACAACGAGAACCGAGAGAACGCGGCCAAUAAUCACGACCACGAUGACAUCACCUCCGGGACGCCUAAGGAGAAGAAGGCAAAAGCCUCCAAGAAGAAGAAACGCUCCAAGGCCAAAGCUGAGCGGGAAGCGUCCCCUGCGGACCUUCCCAUUGACCCGAACGAGCCGACGUACUGUCUGUGCAAUCAGGUCUCCUAUGGAGAGAUGAUCGGCUGUGACAAUGACGAGUGCCCCAUCGAAUGGUUCCAUUUCUCCUGCGUGGGGCUGAAUCACAAACCCAAGGGCAAGUGGUACUGUCCCAAGUGUCGAGGGGAGAACGAGAAGACCAUGGACAAGGCCCUGGAGAAAUCCAAAAAGGAGCGGGCGUACAACAGGUAGUAGGCGGAGCCCGCGCGGUGAGGACAGCGGGCCGGCCGGGGUAUUUAUUCCGUCGCCACCUGUGCUGAGGCGCAAGGACCGUACAUUGUAUAUUUUUCAAAAAUGUUAGAAAAGGAGCCAUUCCUUUUGCAGGGAUGGCGGUGAUUCUCUGCCUUUUGUUUUCAUUGGUACACACGUGUAACAAGAAAGUGGUCUGUGGAUCAGCAUUUUAGAAACUACAAAUAUAGGUUUGAAUUAAACACUCAAGUGAGUCUCA